AACCAGAUGAUAUUUUAUGGGUUAAUAAUCAAAUUAGAGAACAAUAUUCUUUAAUUCAAAAAAAUUUUAAAACAGAUAAUUCUGAUUCUAAUAAUGAAGAUAAUUUAUAUAUAGAUAAUCAAGAAAGAUCAACAAAAAAAUUAUGCAAAAAAACUAACAAAGAUUUAACAGAUUUUAGUAAAUAUUAUGAUUCAAGUAAUGAAGAAGAUAGUUUAGAUGAAAUUAGAUACUAUUUAGCUCAUAAAAUAUCAAAAGAUACAGAUUUAGAUAUUUUAGAAUGGUGA